AAUCGAACCCGCUAUCUUUUGAUCGCUAAUCAAAUUCCACCUUUUUCAUCAAUAAGGAAACCCACUAUGAUUUGAUCAGUACUCGAACCUGCUAUCACUUGAACAUUACUCGAAACCCCUACUUGCUUCCAAUACUCGAACCGACUUACUUUUCCCACGGCUCUUCAGUUCUAUGUUCUUCCUACAACAAAAAUAAGUUGCAUACAGCGUUCUUGUUGGUAAAUAUCGUUUUGAUCGAUGUCAUUCAUAAUACUACUUUAGAAAAGCAUAUUUUGUGUAGUAAUGAAGAGGGUGGUUAAUUUUGUAGUUCCUUAAAUGAAGCAUUUACAAGAAGUAGUUUAAAUAAUGAACUUUUUUUAGCAAUUGUCUAAAAUAAAACGUUGUUUCUACAAAAAAGAACGAAAUAUGUUGUAUGAUGGAAAGAAGUUUCGGUAAAAUUGUCUUCAUGCUGGAAAGAGCCCUUAAAUUCUAAAAAAAUCAAUUUUGAGAUAAAUGUUAUUUAAGUAAAAAUUAACUCUCUAUGCUGAAGAGAAAUCCUAUUCAUUCAUUGUAUUUGAUAAAAAGAGCCUUAUUUGUUUACUAUGUGUGAUAAAUCAUUCUUACAAGAAACUCUUUCAAAUGAUCACUUUUCUGUUCGAAAUGAAAAGAAACGUUAUUCUUGCAGCUUGGGUGAUAAAAAUUUCUCUCGGAAAGAUUUAAUAAAUCACUUUUUCGUUCAUAGUGGAUUGAAGCCAUAUUCGUGCAGUGGUUGUGAUAAAACUUUUUCUCAGAAAGUUCAUUUAAACAAGCACUUUCUCGUUCAUAGUGGAGAGAAGCAUUUUUCGUGCAGUUUGUGUGAUAAAACUUUCUCUCAGAAUACUAAUUUAAAAAAGCACUUUCUUGUUCAUAGUGGAGCGAAACCUUAUGUAUGCUUCGCAUGUGAUAAAACUUUCUCAACUAAAAGAAGUUUGAAGAUUCACUACCGUGUUCAUACUGGAGAGAAACCUUUUUCAUGCAAUAUAUGUUCUAAAGAAUUCGCUCAAAAAAAUAAUUUAAAUAAUCACCUUCUUGUUCAUAGUGGAGAGAAGCCUUUUUCAUGCAAUGUGUGUGAAAAGACAUUCACACAGAAAGCUAGUUUAAAUAACCACUUUCUUGUUCAUGGAAGAAAACCUUAUUCAUGCAGUGAGUGUAAUGAAACUUUUUCACAGAAAGCUCAUUUAAAUAGUCAUUUACUUGUUCAUAGUAAAGAAAAGCCAUAUUCGUGCAGUUUAUGUAAUGAAACAUUCUCACAGAAAAUCAAUUUAGACCGUCACUUUCUUGUUCAUAGUGGAGUGAAACCUUAUUUAUGCUUCGCAUGUGAUAAAACUUACUCAUCUAAAGAAAGUUUGAAGAUUCACUACCGUGUUCAUACUGGAGAGAAACCUUUUUCAUGCAAUAUAUGUUCUAAAGAAUUCGCUCAAAAAAAUAAUUUAAAUAAUCACCUUCUUGUUCAUAGUGGAGAGAAGCCUUUUUCAUGCAAUGUGUGUGAAAAGACAUUCACACAAAAAGCUAGUUUAAAUAACCACUUUCUUGUUCAUGGAAAAAAAAACUUAUUAAUGCAGUGAGUGUAAUGAAACUUUCUCACAGAAAGCUCAUUUAAAUAGUCAUUUACUUGUUCAUAGUAAAGAAAAGCCGUAUUCAUGCAGUUUAUGUGAUGAAACAUUCUCACGGAAAAUCAAUUUAGACCGUGACUUUCUUGUUCAUAGUAGAGCAAACCCUUAUUUAUGCUUCGCAUGUGAUAAAACUUACUCAUCUAAGGAAAGUUUGAGGAUUCACUACUGUGUGCAUACUGAAGAGAAACCUUUUUCAUGCAAUAUAUGUUCUAAAGAAUUUGCUCAAAAAAAUAAUUUUAAUAAUCCCCUUCUUGUUCAUAGUGAAUAUUUCUGUUAUGGAUGCUUUUACUGAUUAUGCAGGAUAUUGCCAGGUAGUAUUAAAGCCCAACACUAAAAGCGCUGUCUGCAUUUAUUUUGGUUUACCAGCUGUUGAUAAGGCCGGAUUUUAAACUGAAAUAUUAUUGUUUGAAAAUUAUGCUCAGAAACUGUUGGAUCAAAAAGUGGGGGUUCAAGUAACCUGA